AUGGCCUUGAAUCCAGAAGACCGCUAUGGUGGGUUCCAUCAUGCUGAGGUGGUGGCCUUCAUUAACAAGAAGAUACGUGGGCACGUGAAAGGCCCCGAAUUCUACCUCGAGAAUAUGUCUCUGCCCUGGGAGGAAGUGGAGGAUAAGCUCAGGGCCACUCUAGAAGACAGCGAGGUGCCUAGUGAUGCCAAGGAGGCGUGCGCCUGGGGCAGCCUGGCCCUGGGUGUGCGCUCUGCUUGUAAGCAGAGUCAGUUACAGAGGCGCAAAAUACAGUGGUUGCACGACCUCUCCAAGCUGCAUAAGUCGGCAUCCCAGACGCUGGCUACAAACCUGAAGGAACUCACUGCGCAACAGGAACUGGAACGUAAGGAGGCAGCCUUGCAGCAACAGAUGCUCCAGACUUCGCUGGCAGAGGUGCAGAAGGAGCGGGACCAGCUGAAGCGGAAGCUUCUCAUGACUGAGCUGUGGCAACCUCUGGAGUCAACCACACUGUGGCCAAGCCUGGAUACUGUCCGUGACCCUGGGAAGGAAGAAGUAGAAGAGGAACAGGAGGAAGUUGAAAGAAUGUGGCCAUGCAUAGCCACAGUCAGUGGGGAUGGGACCAAAGGAGUAGGCAAGGAGGAAGAGAAGUUGGUGGACUGGGUGUUGUCAUGUGUAGGUGGGGCUGGAACAGAAGGUGAAGGUGAGGAGGAAGUAGAAGUGGUGGACAGAGUGUGGCCAUGCAUGACCAGUGCCAGUGGGGUUGGGACAGAAGGAGAAGGCAAGGAGGAAGCAGUGGACAGGUUGUGGACACGGGUGGCCAGUGCCAGUGGGGUUGGGACAGAAGGAAAAGGAAAGGAGCAAGAGGAGGUAGCAGAUACAAUGUGGCCAGGCUUGACUAGUACCAGUGGGGCUGUGAUAGGAGAAGCCAAGGAGGAAAAGGAGGUGGUGAUCACAAUGUGGUUAAGUUUAAGCACUGCCAAUGGAGCUGGGAUAGAAGGAGAAAGCAAGGAGGAAGAGAAGUUGGUGGACACAGUAUGGCCAUGCCUGGCUAUUUCUGGUGGGGCUUGGAUAGGAGGAAAAGGUGAGCAGAAAGAGGAGCUGGCAGACUCACUGUGGCCUUGCGUUACAACUGCCAGUGGAGGUGAGACAGAAGAAGGCAAAGGAGUAGAGGUGGUGGACACAGUAUGGUCAAGCUUGACCACUUUUAGUGGGGCUGGGGCAGAAGGAAAUGGUGAGGGGAAAGAGGAGGUUGUGGGCACAGUGUGGUCAAGUUUAACCACUGUUGGUGGGGCUGGGAUAGAAGGUGAAGGCAAGGAAGAAGAGGAGGUGGUGGCUCCUGCUGCUACCAUUGCUGCUGCUAAUGACACAGGAGGAGAAGAGGAGAUGGGUGCAGCAAGUGCUGUCACCUCCCUUGUUACCAAGGUAUCACAAGAGGCAGGAGGAACAUUCUUACAGCUUUCUGGAGCUAUGGAGCAGAAAAAAAUCACCUCUGGAAGGCAAAGGGAGGAGCUCGGGUCAUUGGAAACAGCCAGGUUUUAUUUCCCUGGAGCAGUGAAGUCAGAGCCCACAAUUCCGCAGCAACUGGAACUCACCACCUUAGAUUCCUACAACUGCAUGAAAUAUAAGUUUCAGCUUCUGCAGGCCUGGUACCACAGCCUGAAGCUUGAAUAUAACAAGCUGGCUAGGGAGAAGUUGGAGAUGCAACAUUACUAUGUGAUGUCUUACAACAUGAACAUUAAGAUGCACAAGAAGGCUGAAAUCAGGAAGAGGUUGAAUGGUCAAUGCCCAAGUCCUACCCUACCUGUUAACAAGAGUACCAACAAUAAGUCUUGGGAGCCAUCGAGAGAGUUAAUCAGGUCUACACUCCUGAGCUAA